AAUCUGUGUUCAAUCAAUUCAAUUUAAUAUUUUUAUUAAGAUUUUGGAAGGAUUUUCUUGUUUCCUUUCAUUAUUUUACUCCAUUGAUUGAUUCGUUCUAUCCCUUUCUCUUUUUAUUUUUAUUGUAUGUUGAUUACCAGACCUUUAUUAGUGUAUUAAUUGCAAUAAAUAAUAUGUAGUCUACCUCGCAGGCUACCCUUCAGAACCAUACCUAUAUACUUAGGUAUCUCUAAUCGCUGAUAAUUAUCUUCAAAUACUAACUAUAAAAUUUGGGUUGGUUCGUAAAUCUGUAUGACCUUUCAAAAUGAAUAUAGAAAACAUCAAGCAAGAACCAAAACAUGAAAAUAGUCAAAUCAUCAGCAACCUUGUUAUAUCCAUCAAGCAAGAAGUUUUAGGGGAUGAUUCAGAUGGUUCUUUAUCUGAACAAGAAUUUAACUUCAAUCAUGGAAAUUCUCAGUCAAGGGUUUCAGGUACAUUUUCUGGAAUGCCAACCAGCAAGGAAAACGCAGAAUCUAUAUUGACACAAAAAGGUGAAGGUAUGACUUAUUUUAUGGAAGUAGAUACACAAUAUCCCAAAGUUAAAAUUGAAAAGGUCGAAGUAGAGGAAACAAAUGUAGGUGAUACAGGACAGGACUUUUCUGGAGUCAACGAGAAUACUAUAUUUAUUAAAGAGGAAAAGCAUGAUAUUGCCAGAGACGAAGAGGAUGAUAACGCUUUGAAGCUACAUACCAUAAAAUCUGAACAAGAUGGAUCUGAUGAUGAAUCAAACAAUACAUUGGGUGGUAAUGAUGGUUCACCUAAAAUUCAUGAACGGAAGGUUGAAAUUGCUGCAAAACCUGAUACAAGCCGAAAUUUAUUAUCAGCUGAUAUGCUAUCCGAUGGUGAAACUCCAAAUGGCGUGUUCCCAUGUGAUAUAUGUGAUGAAAUAUUCCCAUCCAUGAAACACUUGCGGGUCCACACUCAGAUACACAUUGAUCUGGCAACACACAGCUGUAUACCGUGUCAACGAAGCUUCUGUGGCCUCAAAUCGCUACGCCGUCACAUGAUGAUCCACACCGGUGAAAGGCCAUACAGCUGUGAAAUAUGCGAGAUGUCCUUUAAAGACAAUUCCAGUUACAAUCGUCAUAAACGACUUCACAAUGGCGAGAAAACACAUAUAUGUGAAAUUUGCAAAAUGAGUUUCAGAGACAACUCUAGUUUGGACCGCCAUAUAAUGCGAGUACAUAAAAAUGAGAAAUCCUACAAUUGUGAGUCGUGCGACCAAAGUUUUAGUACAAGUGUCCAAUUACAACACCAUAUAGGGAAAGUUCAUACUGAUAAAAAAUCCAACACCUGCGAAGAAUGUCAGCAAAGCUUCUCAGCGGCCAGGUCCCUGAGGCGACACAUGUUGAUUCACACUGGUGAGAGACCCUACAAGUGUGACAUUUGCGAAAAGUCUUUUAGAGAUAACUCUGCUAUGCACCGUCAUAGACGGCUGCAUACUGGCGAAAAGCCGUUUCUUUGUAAAGUGUGUGAGAAUUAUUUCAGAGAUCAUACCCAAUUGAGUAUUCAUAUGCGAGUCCAUACAGGUGAGAGGCCCCAUUGCUGUGUAUACUGCGAGAAGUCGUUCAGGGACCGCACGCAGUUGAGCAUCCAUACACGGAUCCACACUGGCGAAAGACCAUUCAAUUGCGAAGUAUGCAUGAAAUGUUUCAAAGAUAAGAGGUCGUACAAAAUUCAUAUGCGAAUCCACACUGGUGAGAAGCCAUAUAAAUGCUCUGAGUGUCCUAAAUGUUUUAGAGACAAUACUCUGUUGAAACAACAUUUGCGUAUACACUUCCGUGAACCGCAAUCGAAUUGUGUAGAAUGUAAGAAGGGUUUCGCGGAUGAUGCACAGAUGCAAAUUCAUAUGCAAAGACACACAGGCGAGAAACCGUACUCCUGUACUAUGUGUGUUAAGAGUUUCAGAGAUAUGUCACAGUUACGAAUUCAUAUGCGAACCCAUACAGGCGAGAGGCCGUUCUCCUGUACAGUUUGUCAGAGCGCCUUCAAAUCCCGUUCAGAUUUAAAUUGUCAUAUGCAUAUCCAUUCCGAUGUGAAACCGUUUAGUUGUGAAGUGUGUGGUAAAAGUUUUAGAUUUAAAAAACGUGUCCGGUAUCAUAUGCGGAUCCAUACGGAUGAGAGGCCCUAUCCCUGCAAACUAUGCGAGCAGCGGUUUAGAGUGAGCGGUCACUUAAAGAAGCAUAUGAAUUCUAUCCAUGCUAAAGAAACCAUAGAAAUAAUUGUACCUGAUUAAAUUAGUAGAAACUAUAUGGGAUUUAAUGGAUCACUAUUGUAAUGAUGCUCCAGGUUUGUCUAUUUAAAAUUUUAUUUAAAAACAGUUGACCAAUUUAAAAAUAUUGUUCUGAAUUGACUUUUUAUCUGUAUGUAUGUCAAAAUAAUCGAGCCCUAAACUGUGAUAGUGAGGCUCGAGUUGUCUAUAUAAAUGGUCCAUGUUGCGGCCACAAUUACACGUACAUGUUUGCUUUUUGUUAUACCACAGGGUAAUAUUUGGUUUGAGUUUUAAGCAUAAUUAAAACUCAAUAAGGGUGCGAGAGAUUUCCAAAUCGCACGCCAAUUUUAUAACUAGCUGAAUUGACAGAUGUUCUGUCAAAAGAUUUGUAUCACGUCAAUAUUUAUAUAUAUAUGUAACGGGCAGGUUGGCAAAAAAUGAAACAGUAAAUUCAAACUAUUAUUCUAAAUUGAAAACCAGUGGAUAUUCGUUCUGGAAAAUAUCAAAAAUUUUCCUGUUUUUCAUUUAAAAUCAUGUAAUCUAUGAUACUAUGUCAUAAUAUAAAGAAAUAAUAUUUUAUAGUAAAAUGCUAUGAAAUACCAAAAAACACUAAUGUAAUAUACGUAUUAAAAUCCUACCGCGGCAUCGACCUUACAUAACUGAGUCGACCUUAUACACAUCUGUUUUUUUUUAUGGAUGAAAAUGGUAUGGUAACUCCGCCUGCGCUAACGGUAUACGCUGGCGGAGCACCAGUGAAGGGUGAUCGAUGAGAAUGAAAACAGGCCAGUUAGCCCAUCAUGAUGAAUUCAUCAGGAAUUAACCAUGAUAGUUUCCAGGGAGAACCGCGAGGAGGUCGACCUGGUUGGGUAUAUUACUAGCAAUGGGAUUCUCAGUCUCCAUUACUAACAAUCCCUUUUCCCCCUAUACACAUCUGUUGUGUAAGGUCAACGCUACAAGCGUACGAAAACUACCUACGAAGAAGCGCCAUUGAACGCGCGGUGUAGAUAUCAUGUGUCGUAUGGAUCGUACAUUUUCAAAUACAUUGCGGAACGUCAAAACUAAGAAUCGUUAAUUAUAUAUCCGUGGGGCAUUCAUUCCUCGGCCAUUCAUCUAAAUCGGCUGUUUUUAUUUUGGCCAACCUGUCCCUUCCACCCCGUAUAUUUUAAUUGCACGAAAUUUGGCGGUAAACCAAUUUCUAACAGAAGAAAGAUUUGAUAUACAAUCCAUGGGCACGGUUUUGAUUGUAAUCUUUGUAUUGGCAGUUAGAAAUAGUUCAUCAAGGAAAAAGAUUGGAUUUUUUACUUUCCUCGGAUUUUGAAUAAAUAUUUGAAGAUAAAGAAAUUAGCGGAAUGAGUCUAGCAUUUUUAUAUGCGGGAUAGUAGGUCGAAGGUACAGGGUUCUGGAUGUUAGUCUAGAACAACAUGUGCGUAGACUGAAUAACGGUCAGAGAUUGAUGACUAAUAGAGGUUGUAGAAUUUCAACUAAUAUUAAUACUAUUAUUUGUGUUGAAAUUAUACGAUCAAUCCUCGAAUGUUGACAGUCGCACACGUAUUGAUGGUAGCGGAACUAAACAAAAUAGUUCUAAAUAAUCGGCCAACAAGUGAUAUAGACUUUCACAUAAAAAACACUUUUUUUUUUUACCUAGGAUGAAAAUCUUCAGAAAGAGACCCAUCCGCCGGCUGGACGACGGAUGGGUACUGUGGUAUUUUUACCCACUAAAAACACCCCGGUAUUCCUCUUGGCGCCUACCCGUCGGUGAUUGAGGCUCGCGACUAGCAGUCUUCCCAAUCACCGACAGGCAUAAAAAACACCUAGUUCAGUUAAAUAUUUAAAUCUAGAAAAAAUCUGAAAAGUAAAUCGUAUGUUAUCUAUAUUGAGUUCUUGAACGCCAGAAAUCAUAUAAUUUUUUACUUUGUGACAAAUCCUCGUAUUCCACUCGCUGGAAAUCCCCGCAUUUUGUCUAUAAGUCAUUUUAACGAUUACCGAAAAUGUGCUCUUUUAAAUUAAUAUUAUAUAAAAGUGAUUAUUAAGAAUGAUAAUGUAAAAUCUUACAAGGAGGCUCCUUAUUGAUGUGAUUUCAAGUUUGUCAGAGCAGCACGAUUGUCGCAAGGAUAUCUUUGAGUAAUUACAUAGAUGCUUUUUUAUGGAAAUUGGGAUUCUCUUGUUUACUUCUUUGAUGUCAUGUCUCCGUCGGGUUUAGAAGCUUGAAAUUGAGUUCUGUAUAUAUCUAUCUGUGAUUCAGCUUAAAUUUCUAGUUUUAUGUUUACAACGCCAAUUAGCGUCAUUUUUAUCGACUACAAAAUAUUAAUUUCAAUUGAUAGCGGUAGAUGGCGCUAUAAAGAAAUUGUUAGUACUUUGUGAUUUUGGCCCUUGAGACUGACUUUUUCCUACUUUUUUAUUUUAAUAGUUUUAAUUUUUAUUUAAAGUAUAUUGUACGGAAAAUGAAAUUUUAAAUGACGACUCAUUGGUUCUGUCGGAGCGAUGAUGUUGUAUUGAGCAAACGAGAUAGUAACAUUCAGCGUCUUUUUCUAUCUUAUGCAUGCGGUAAUGAAAAUGUAUUGAUAGUUUGCCAUUGGCCUUGGAUGGCUCUCACUGUGGUGAGCUAAUUUAUAUUUGUGUGUGACCUGCGAGAAAAUUUAGGAUUAUUAUAUAAUUUUAAUUAACUUAGGUAUAUUUUCACAUUGACAAAGAUAUUCCUUACGUACUAGUAUUACUUAUUUAUUAUUAGGUAUAUAUAAAUACUAGCAAAUACACUUCUUAGCCGUACACAUAAAUAGCUCCAAAAACUUCUAAACAUCAAUCUUGGAUGAAUUUUAUAACACUGUUAUGUAUAAGUACCAAUGUUAAAGGCAAGAUGCCAAAACCAAAUGGAGAACCAAAAACUUCAUUUAUUCUCGCUUCUAAAAUUAUUAGUAAGUAAUAUACUGAAAUCUUCAUUUGGUUCUCGGCAUCUUGGUUAUAAAUCCUGUAAUUAAACUAGUACAUGACAUAAUUUAUAAAAAUAUAUUGCACCUUAUGUAUAUUA